AUGGUCAAGACUGUUUGCAUAACAGGUUCCACUGGUGUCAUGGGAAUGGAAACCUUGAAUCAGAUAUUAACACUUGGAGACAAAGUCAAAGUUCAAUUACUUGUCUUAAACGAUCAAAAGAACAGAAACAUCAUCAAGAAGUAUGAAAAGCUUGAGAAUGUUAGCAUUGUUUAUGGAGAUCUCAGGAACUAUGAUGAUGUUUUGAAAGCUGUCACAGGAAGCGACUAUGUUUUACAUAUUGGUGGCAUGGUUUCACCAUAUGCUGAUGAUAAACCAGAGUUAACAAAAGAUAUCAAUGUCCACGGAGCUGAAAAUGUAGUUUGCGCUAUCCAAGCUCAGAAGAACAAAGAUGAUAUCAAAGUUGUAUAUAUUGGAAGCGUUGCAGAAACUGGAGAUAGGAACUACCCAAUUCAUUGGGGAAGAACAGGAGAUCCCAUCAAAGUAUCGGUUUUCGAUCAUUAUGGAGUAUCAAAAGUUCUUGCAGAACGUGUUUUUGUUGAGAGCGGACUCAAGAAGUGGGUUGUCAUGAGACAAAGUGGUAUUCUUCAUGCAGGAUUACUUGAAAAGAUGGAGCCAAUCAUGUAUCAUGUUCCAUUAAAUGGUGUUCUUGAGUGGUGCACCGUAGAAGAUAGCGGACGCUUGAUGAAGAACUUUGUCGAUUUUGAUCUACCUGAUAGUUUCUUCAGAAACUUCUACAACAUUGGAAGUGGAGAGUUCUACAGAUUAACCAAUUUUGAAUUCGAGUCCUUGCUUCUUCAUUCAAUCGGAAUGGGAGACAUACGUGGUCUCUUUAAACCAAACUGGUUUGCAACACGCAACUUCCAUGGCCAAUAUUAUAUUGAUAGUGACAAACUUGAAUCGUUCUUGAAGUUCAGAGCUAAUAUUGAAACAGAAGUAUAUUUUGACAUGUUGUCUAAGAAAGCAAAGAUUGUUUUCACUCUUCCAAAGCUUAUACCAUUUAAAGAUGCAAUCUCUAUUAUGGGACAGCCUUUCAUGAAGAUGAUUGCCAAAGAUAAAAACUUUGGAACAUUGGGAUGGGUAAAUACAAAGUAUACCGAUAGAAUGGAUGCUCACUAUGGAGGCAUGGAAGAGUUUAAUAAAAUUCCAUCAUCUUGGGGAGAUUUUGCUAUCAAACAUUAUGAAACAAAGUUCAAUCCAAACAAAGAUAAAAAGUUUGAUCAUGGAUAUGAUGAAAGUAAACCAUUUGAAGAGUUAACAAUCGAUGAUUUGAGAAAUGCAGCAGAGUUCAGGGGAGGUUCUCUUGUUAGCGAUCGUUUUAUCGAUGUGUACUCUAAAGUUACAUGGAAGUGUGGACAUUGUCACAAAGAUUUCGAAGCAUCACCAACACUUAUCUUGAAAGGAGGCCAUUGGUGCCCUUACUGCUACAUUCCAGAGACUUCUUGGCAAUAUGAUUCUAUUGCAAAGUCUAAUAAGUUCUUUGCUCAAGGAUGGAAUUUCAGCUACAAAGAAGUUAAAGACAAAAAGUAUGAUUUCAACGAAUGCUUUGAUAGAAAGUGCUUCGAUUCAUUCCAAAACUCAGCUAAAAGCUCAAAUUUGAUUUACUACUUACUUAUUUCUUUUGCAAUCCUGUUAUUGUUAGUUUGUUUAAUUGCAUUUGCAUAA